AUGAACUUUGCCGCCCAGUUCAUCUACGCCAACUAUAUCAGAGAUGGAUCGCCUAACAGAGUGGGAUUCAGCGAUAGUGAUGAUAAUGACCCCUUCUGGCAGAGGUCCACAGUAGUAGCCAAGGACCCCCUUAGAUGUGUCCCUGCCCCUGUGAUACCCUCUCCAGACCCGGGGAACAGAUUUCUCUUGCCAGCCUUCCACGUUCUGGUAUGCCUCCUCCUCCGCCUGGUUCUAUCCUUCAUCCUCUUCUUCCUCCCCAGCGAGGAGCAGCGUCUUGGGUCAACUAAACAGGGCUGCUCCACCUCUUCCAAGAGUACCUGCAACAAGGACGCCCCUGUUUGUAACGGGGUUGCGGGCGUGCGGCCCACCCUCAUCCACCCAGAGCGCCUGAAGGACUUUGGUAUUGAGGAGGAGGAGUGCCUCAAUGGCGAAGUCAAGACCAAGGAGACCAAGGUGGUGGGGGCCCCUGAGAUCCAGCUGAUGGACCCGCCCAAGACUAACAAGAAAAGAGGCAGCGAGAGCAAAGCAGUCACACCACCCAAGCCUGAAUACCUCCGCUUCGAUGACAUCAGUGCUGCGGCCUUCAAAAUCCAGUUGAGGAUGCAGAAGACCCCCUGCAUGUACUCCAGACUGUCCAAACAGUACGGCAUGGAGAUCUUCCUGAAGAAGGAACACCUCCACUACACAGGCUCAGUGAAGGAAAGAGGCGUUCUCUACGUGCUCACCUCCCUCAACCAGGAGCAGCAGAAGAAGGGGGUGAUUGUGGCUACAGACUGUAGCUUCUCCAUGGCCGUGGCCCACCAUGCAGUGGAGUUGAGGAUCCCAGUGUUUGUCAUUAUGCCAGCCAGCUGUGUCCAGCCCCACCUCAGGAUGUACCGUGACUACGGCGCCAUGGUAAUCUCCUACGGCAGCACGGCCAGGGACUCCCUGAACCACGCCCGCCACCUGGCCAAGGAGAACGGAUACCUCUGCCUGGAAGAGGAUGAUAGUGCUGUGUACUUGGCAGGACUGGGCACAGUAGGCAUGGAGAUCUAUGAGCAGGUGCCCAAACUAGAUGCAGUCAUUGUGCCAGCUGGUGGGCAGUGUAGUCUACUGGUUGGCAUAGCAGCCGCCAUCAAACACCUCAACUCGCGCAUCACUGUCAUAGUAAGUGUUUCCUAA